AUGCUCCUUGACGUGCCAGUGUUUCUGAGUCAGCUGUGUGCAUUCGUCUGCUUCUGCUUGUCACUGUACCUUCUCUUCCAAAGAGUUCUGGAGGAGAUUGCAACCGCUGUAGUGGCGAUCGCAGCGCCCCCGAUGGUCGACGGCGGCUGUGUGGUGGUCGUCAAAGCGCCGCCGCCACUGCCGUCAGGUAGCACACCGGUUCCUGCGGUGAUGGCGGCAGUGCGGAGCGGAGAGUUGCUGAUGCAUGGCCAACAACCGACUGGCAACGUCGACACAGUGGUCAUGUCUACAGACCCGUUCCACAACGAGUGGCUCCGCCGGAAGCAGCGCAUCGCCAGCGGACAGCUCAAGGGAUUCAAUCCUGACUUGUGGCUUACGGCCUCGGCCGGUGCUCCAGAUGAUGGCCGGCAACAGACUAAGGGAAGCCGAGUUGGCCCUGUUCCAUUCCAUCAAGGAAAUUCUCCUCCGGCGGCGCUGUUGUACGGCUGUGAGAUGUGGUCAAUCACUAAAGCCGAAUGGCGGCAGCUAAAUGCCACCGAGACAGCCAUGGAAAAAGGAAUGUUUGGAACCUCAAGUCGCGACCACAUCCUCAACAUGGUGAUCAGGCAUAUCGAGGACGAGUUGGAAUGA